AGGCGUGACCGAAACAAACGAAACGAGUCGAGACCGCGAUUCGUACUUAAGUGGGUAAAUAAGUAAAGUUCAGUGUACUUAAAAAUUGCUUACAGUUACGAGAAAAAAAUUGCAUAUUUAUUGUUUUCAAUUAAUGGAAAAUGACAACAAUAGGAGAUGCUGCGUUAGAAAAUAGAGAAAAUAUACCGUUGCAGAAAGGUCGCAAAAGCGCGACUUUCUGCUCUUGCAGUGAGGACUAUUUGAGUGGCUCUAAAUUCAUUAAUGUUGCUUUUGGGACUUUGACUGUUAUAAUAACAGCGGCUUUAUUACUACAGAUUUAUUACGGCGACUACCAGGUGGUCCCUCAUGGCAGUGUUGCCACCGACAAUCUCGAAUGUUCAAAAAUAGGAACUCAGAUUUUGAAAAAGGGCGGCAAUUCUGUCGAUGCUGCAAUCGCGAGUGUCUUUUGCCUGGCUGUUGUUAGCCCACACUUGACAAGUCUGGACGGGGAAGGCCAACUUCUCAUUUACAAUCACCGGGCAAGGCUCACCCCGGAUGUGGUCGAAUUUAAUGUUGGUAACAAUGAUGCGGAACAUUUGUUACCACGACUGGUUCUGGGGUUGGCCUUUGUCCACCAACAGUACGGGACGGUACCAUGGAAAGAGCUGGUGCAACCCUCGGCCGAAUUAGCAAGACGAGGUUUUCUCAUACCUAAAAUGCUGGUCCAGGCGAUUAAACAAGCCAAGGCUGAGGAUUUGUAUGGACGACUUGAACCGGGCCAAAUCCUCCAAUUAGAAAAUUUAAGCAAUACUUUGGCACAAAUCGCCAAUAUCCCUGAGAAAGAACUGUACACCUUCGUCAAGCCUGAAAACCAACCCAGAUACUCACCCGCCCUCAAAUUCACAUUUAACACUUACGACAUAUACGUACCGGACCGCCCCUCCAUAGGCCCCGCCCUCUUGACUUACCUCAAACAACUGGAAACUUUCAAUUUCACCAAGACUGACACUACUCGAACUGAAUAUGUCUAUCGACUCGCCGAAUUGGCCCAAAACCUCUACAAUGACCUCAACUUGACCUCCAAGUACCACAUGGGUACCUCAACCAACGUCGCUGUCAUGGAUUUGAACGACAACUAUGUGUCAUUUACCACAGGGUUAUAUGGCCUCUUCGGUUCGGGUGAGAUCACCACUGGAGGUUACACACUUGAUGUCCAUCCCAAAGCCACGCCCUGUUCCCGCCUCCCAGUCAUAAUCACCGAUGCUCAGGCCAUUUGUGGGCGGCGCCUGUUGCUCGGAGCCAAUGAUCUAUCGACAGCGUCACAACUCAUCAUGUCAUUGCUUGUAGCUGAGGAGAAUAUCACCAAUGCUGUCGAAGCGCCACGGUUUCACAUUCUGGAUAAUGGGGGUGUGGGGAUUGAAGGGUCGCACUCACCCUCGUUCACUGAUGAUGUCCUCAAGUAUCUCGAAACGUUGACAGCGAGACCGGUGUUGGUGGCAGAGCCGUACAUGAGUAGUAACGUCGUGGAGAAGGUCAAAGACGAGUUGAAUUCACAUUCGGAUAGUCGAGGUGGGGGUAUAGCAAGCAGGUUUUAAACACGAGCCAAAGACGAGUGAGUGAAGUAAUUUAUUGUAUCUUUAUGGAAAUAAAUAAUGAAAGCUGGUUCUUCCUUAAA